CCGGCGCCCCGCSGUUUCGGGAAAGCUCCCGCCGUUCCCGGCCGGGGCGGUCCCGCCACUCCCGGCCGGCCGGAAGCUCCCGCCUCCCGGGCGAAGGCCGUGGGGCCGCCGCAGGUGAGGUCGCUGGGGCGCUGCAGGUGUCGGGCGGCUCCUCCCGGGCCGGUGGGCGCUCUCCGCCCGGCUCGUCCUUCUCCGGCGCCGAGCGCCCUCGGGACCCCGCGGCAGUUCCGUCCCGUCGGGUGAGCCGAGCGGGGCCGGGCCGAGUGCCGGCCAUGUCGCGGAGCUCGCAGGGCGGGCGGCCCGGCAGGUCCCCGCUGCCCCGCGGAACCAGCCCCGGCUCCACCGCCGCCCCGCUGCCGCCGCCRCCSCUGCCCCUGCAGCCUCCCUUCGGCCCCGGCGGGGCCAGCCCCGGCCCCAGCGGCCCGGCAGAGCUCAAGCCGGUUCGGCGGUUCAUUCCGGACUCGUGGAAGAACUUCUUCAAAGGGAGACGCCACCCCGGCUCCAGUUGGGACAGCACGGCCUCCGACAUCAGGUACAUCUCGGACGGGGUCGAGUGCUCGCCGCCUCCGUCUCCCGCCCCGCUGCCGCCGGGGACCAAGGCGGUGCCCGGCUCCUACACGGACCCCUUCGGGGGGUCGGGAGGGAGCUACAACUCUCGCAAGGAGGCCGAGGCCAUGCUGCCCUCCGGAGACCCCUUGGGCUCGCUGGAGCGCCGCGCCGGCACCGGGCAGACGUACAGCGAGCGGGUGGAGGAGUACCACCAGCGGUACGCCUACAUGAAGUCCUGGGCAGGGCUGCUCAGGAUCCUCGGCGUGGCCGAGCUGCUGCUGGGCGCCGCCGUCUUCGCCUGUGUCACCGCCUACGUGCACAAGGACAACGAGUGGUACAACAUGUUCGGGUACUCGCAGCCCUACGGAUACGGGGCGGGCAGCGCCUACGGGGGAUACUCCUACAGCGGCCCCAAAACUCCUUUCAUCCUGGUGGUGGCGGGAAUGGCGUGGAUCGUCACCAUAGUGCUGCUCGUGCUUGGCAUGUCCAUGUACUACCGGACUAUCCUCCUCGAUUCCAACUGGUGGCCUCUGACYGAGUUUGGGAUCAAUGUGGCCUUGUUCUUCCUGUACAUGUCGGCUGCCAUCGUGUACGUCAAUGAUACCAACCGAGGUGGGCUCUGCUAUUACCAGCUGUUUAAGACGCCGAUCAACGCGGCUUUUUGCCGUGUGGAGGGAGGUCAGACUGCAGCAAUCAUCUUCUUGUUUGUYACGGUGAUCAUGUAUCUAAUCAGUGCGGUGGUUUGUCUAAAGUUAUGGAGGCACGAAGGGGCCAGGAGGCACAGGGAAUUAAUGGAACAGGAGAUGAAAACACAGUCGUCUUUUCCAGAAAAGAAGUAUGAAAAUGAUGACAGACAAAGAGAAGAAGUCAGUUACAGACAACUCAAGUCACUGGAAAGAAAACCAGAGCUACUUAAUGGUCAUAUACCUGCAGGCCACAUUCCUAAACCUAUCGUGAUGCCAGACUACUUAGCGAAAUACCCUGUAAUUCAAACAAAUGAAAUGAGAGACCGGUACAAAGCGGUAUUCAAUGACCAGUUUGCUGAGUAUAAAGAACUGUCUGCGGAAGUUCAUGCUGUAUUAAARAAGUUUAAUGAGCUGGAUGCAUUGCUGAAACAGCUUCCACACCAUCCUGAAAGCAUAUAUGAACAGGAAAGGAUAUCMAAAGUUCUUCAAGAAUACAAGAAGAAGAAAAACGAUCCUGCAUUUCUGGAGAAAAAGGAGCGUUGUGAAUAUCUGAAGAAUAAGCUUUCUCACAUAAAACAACGAAUUCAGGACUAUGAUAAAGUUAUGAAUUGGAAUGUAGAAACUUAGCUAUGCCUUCACCUUGUGGAUGCUAUGUUCUAUUUUUUAAAUCGAUGUGCAUAUUUUAACCUAUUUAUUUACUCAUUGAACAGUACACUUUUGGGGAUUACUUAAUCGCUGUCAUAUAUUUAGAUGAUGUACAUUACUGAUAGGUUUUGUAUGUAGAACCAAUUGUAAUUGAAGUUAUAAGUUAGGAAACCUCUUCUCACAUUCUGCUUUCAUUAGUGUGAAUCCGUAGCCUCUUAAUAUGAAUACUUCAGUUGAAAAUACUUCAUUUGCAAACUUGCAAAGCCUGCCAGAGAAAUCAGUUUCUAAAUACCUUGUGGAAAGUUUGCGCAGAAAUGCUGUUAACAAUUUUGGAUUUUAUUUGUAUGUGACAUCUUGGUGAUACCACAAAGAGCUGAGCUGUUCUUUAUGUCUGGGGUUUGAUGAACUGCCUAAUUGUAUUGAGUAAUUUGGGCAAUUCAGAAGCUAGUUUAAUAAGAAUUUUUGUAUUCUAUUUCCAAAUGCUGUAUGUUAUGCCAGAAAUUAUUUUGAAUUUUGCCCAACAAGAGAUUAAAAAUAGCUUCUUAUUUAAGCAUCUGGGGGAGGGGGACUUGGAUUUGCUUUUUUUAUUGCCCUCUUCAGACAUGAUGCAACAAAUCUAUAUUUGGUCUUAAAGGAAUAGAGGUACAGGAUGAGAUAURUUAAUGUUCUAUUAGUGUUGCUAUAGGUUGCUGCGCUCUGCUCACUUUCCUGGGUCUUGCUGUUAGGAGUACAUGUGUUUAAGGGCAAAACACUUCACUCUUCAUCAGCAAAUAACAGGACUAAAAUUUUUGUCUAGGCAACUGCUGUUUGUGAACUUGGCAUUCAGCGAGUAAGGACAGCAAAAUGAAUUCUUAUUCAAAGUAUAAAUUGUUAGUAUCUUCUAUAAGGCCAGGUAAAAUGUUCUUUAAAACCUUUCCAGAGCAUAUUUGCAUAAAUUCAAUAUAUAUUUUUAUAUUUUCUUGGGGAUAUUAUCCUGGGGAUAGGUUUGUAUAUGCAAGUAUUUUCAUAAGCCAGUAAAUUUUCUCUUUGUAUCCUUUUUCUUAUCUUUAGUAAUUAUUUUUACUUACUGAAAUUUUUAGAAGCAUUGACAGUUUCUUUGUACAGUUUUCUACGAUUGCAAUUUAUCUGUUCUGAAAUGUUUUUUAAUAUUAAAAAGCCCCACCAGUGUAGCCAUGUUACUUUAUUGCUUAUAAAGACAUUUUGUUAGAAAAAGGUGCUCUGAUUAUGGUUAUUGCAGAUUUUUGUUGGUGAUUUGUUUUUUCUUUGAAUGAAAGUUUUUGACUUCUGCCUUAAUUAAAAGGAGCAAUAUCAGAAAGGCCAUUUCCAGUUUAGAAUGGUUAUGGUACUACUACCUCUGCUCUUCACUAGUGGAAACAUAUUAACAUACCUCACUCAGCCCUUCUGGUUUUUCAGCCCUUAUAAUUCACACUGCAGCCCUGAUGGCCACACACCCACUUUCAUAUUUAUAAAAUUGACAUUCCAAUUUUAUCAGCCACUUAAUUCUGAGAGCUUUAGUGGAUGAAGUAAAUAGCUCAAGAUGCCAUGGGAACACUGAGAGAAUUUUAAAACUUGGCACCUCUUCAYUUCAAAGCCUUCAAUCUUGUCUGCCUGGAAGGUGCCUCUAUAUUUUCAUAAUUCUGAAAACAGAUGACAAGCCAGUACCAUACCUUGGUCUCAUUUCAGUGCCUCUCUCUUUCAUUCUGGUUUGUAUUAAUUUUAAAUGGGAAGCCUCUCUUCCUUAUAAAGAACAUGGGCCAAUUUUUUGUACUUCUUGUGCUGAAUACUUGUUAAAUUGUUAUUUGUAAGACAAGUAUUUGUCCAAAUCUCCACAAUCUGAAUAAACAAUCUCUCACUGUACACCUAAGUUUCUCAUUUUUUUCUCGGGGCGAGUUCCAGGCAUURCAUCAGUAACAGAAGAAGAUUAAAUGCCAGUUUGAGGAUCAGCUGCUGUUCAUAAAGUGCUAACAAUAAACUGACCGAUGGUUUUUUUGGAAGAUUCACAGUCUGCACCCUUAAUAGGUCUUCUUUCUGCAGGACAGCAAGACCCAGUUCCAGGCUCAUUUUGACAGUGGUCUGAGUUUCAGUCUUUGAGAUACCACCUCCUGGUCCUUGUGACAGCGUCUGCAUAGCCUGUGGAGAACCAUCAUGCUUCUCCUUUCCUGCAAAGUUUCCAACAAAUGGUUGGGAAAAGAGACUGCCAUACCUGUGGAAUARGGAAAUUAGGUGGAAACAUCCAUAUGUGGAUUCUCUUAUGUUUCCCUGCAAGAUGCCAUGGGAGUGGCCAAGUAGAUUUUCCAAAUGUURGGAAGAGAGGCUGAGAGAGAAGUAUUCCCUUCUGCCCACCUUUUGAGUUCCAAACAGGGUUAGUGUAGAGCACGACAGAAGUUACCAUCCCAAGGUAUGCAGGCCAUGCUAAGGCUGCAGCAAUGUUUUGCAAACAUUGCAGUAAAUCACUUGCUCAGAAUGGCUAAAACACUUCUGGUGUAUUCAGUCUCUCUGCUGAUUUUGUUCUAACCUACAAAAGGAGACCCCUACAAAAGGGUCUCAUCARCAAUGGGGUAGACAUGCUGAAGAAAAAUGACUAGUCUGAGUUGAACAUUUUAAUCUCUCAGAGAAAUUAAUGAAAUUAGAAUUAAUGGCUGGGAGCURAGGCAAGUUGGAGCAAGACACAAGUUAAGAGGAAAGUGAGGGAGAAUCCCUCAAUUUGAGUUACCGUCAGAACUACCAAGGAAAGUCRUCUCUUGAUACCCUUAAAGAAUACAAGGUAUGCUCCAGACAAAACAGAAUUUUUUAGAUUAUUAUCACCCUAGUCUGUUUGUGCAGUCCCUCUAGGCUCAGCUCUGUAAAUGCACACUUUUUCAUGUACGUGUAAACAAUCUGCUAUGUGGUYUUACUCGUGUGACUGGGUUUUUGCAGAAGUUAGUUAAGUAUGUAUGAAUCACCAAGGAAUACUGCCCUGCAUCUGUGAGCAUUAUUUUAGCUACAGCCUGUCCUCAAACACCRUAUAUAACAAGAAGUUUUAUCCUUCAGUCUUCCUUUUUGAAAAUGCUUGCCUGGCCCCACAGAUCUACAAAGCAAGAUACUGAAGAUCCUUAAUAUUUCUAUGAAUGCAGUAGUUUCUAAACUGGACUUUUGUUUCUUCUUGUCUUUGUAAGCAUUUGGCUAUCCUCGAUAAAAACAACUGUGGUAAGAUUGGCAUACCUCUUACUAAACUGUACAUCUUUUCAGGUCAGAUAAAGCGGUGCCUAACRAACAUACCCAAAAGUUUGUCUCACACAAUAAUCUGAUUACUUUCAUGACAGAAAUUGACUACAAAUACCCAUGGCAAUGAAAAGCUUGAUUAUUUUGAAAUUGUAAAAGAAGGUAUCCAGAAUGUAAUUUAUUAAUUUCAAAAUUGUGAUGGGAUUUCAAAUACUUGUACGAUCAAGUUUUACAAAAUUAUUGUAUGUCCCGGGUUUCAGUCCAGCACUGGGAAAGUCUGGCC